UUCUACAACAACGGCUAUGGCAGACCAGCACAACAAGGCGCAAGGAGAAGGAGAACAAAGGGGUGCUGAGCGGGCUGCGUUGAUUGAGGAGGUACUCGGCUUGCAAACAGCAUUGGACGCGCUCUCUGAGCGGGUGGACGAAGUUCGGGAGGAGAACGUUGGCCUCAAGCAACAGAACCAGCAAUUGACCCAGUACAUUGAAAACGUGAUGGCUGCUGCCACGACAGAGACAAGCGCAAGCCAGGGCAACACCACCACUGCCAAUGGGAGCAGCCGCAACAGCAGCAGCUCCACCUCACGCUGACAUGAUGCCUCUCCGCCAACCCGCUGCUCGUCUGCUCUUGUCCUUCCUCUUCAAGGGCAAUUUUGACGUUGACUGCCAAUUUUGACUUUGAUAGUAGACUGUUGUUGAUAUCUUCCUGCGAUGUUCCUGACCCGUGAAAUAAAGAGUGAUUUUAGCA